ACGGACAGUGAGCCGGGAGGAGGCGACUACCCUGCGUGCGUACGCUAUGUGUGUGUGCGCUCCAUGUCCGGCACUGACAGCCGUACCGGGGGCGGGGACUGGUGACGUCAUUCCGUUAUCCGGCGCUCGUCCACAGGUCCUCCCUGUUUGUGCAGCUGUGUCCGGGGCAGAGACCCUCAGCUGCUGACAGCGAGGACAGCAGCAGGAGGAGGAGGCGCUCUGUGUGUCAGGACACCUCCACUACUGCAUCAGGUUCUACUGCUAAGUCCUUGGAUAGCUCUCUGAAUGGGCAGCAUUACACUGCCCUGGUGCCCCGUUAUUGCACAGCCUGUGCUACAGUCUUAUACUUUUAUUGCUCUAAAUUGUCAAGCGCAUGAAAACCCGAAGCGAUGUGACCAAAACACAGGUGUGAUGUGAUCUUUCCACUUUGUUGAAGCGCUGGGUUUUUACCCAUAGUCCUGGCCUGGAAAUCUUUUUCAGCUUGCCAUGGAUCAAGCCAUGGUGGACAACCCUGUGACCCUGGUCAUUAAAGCUCCCAAUCAGAAAUAUGAUGACCAAACCAUUAAUUGCUUCCUAGACUGGACAGUGGAGAAAUUAAAGACUCAUCUCUCAAAAGUUUAUCCCAGCAAACCGUUAACCAAGGAUCAGAGACUUGUAUAUUCUGGCAAACUCCUCCUUGAUCACUUGCUGUUGAAAGAUAUUCUCAGGAAACAAGAUGAAUAUCAUAUGGUUCAUUUGGUAUGUGCCUCCAGAACCCCUCCAAACUCUCCCAAACCAAGCACCAGAAGAGAGAGCACUGGAACUGCAAGCACCAGCAGUAGAGCAAGUUCAGAACACUCAGGAUCUUCCCCUGCAUCUACCAGCCAGGAUAUGCCAUCCGCUUCAUCCAACCCUAGAACUGAGGACAGCCUGAGACUUCGCCAUACCUCUCAUACAUAUAUGGAUGCCAUGUACAGCCACGCCUUGUCCUACAACAGACAGCAACAUGCAGGAAAUCCUCUUCCCGGGCAAGGAGCACCGGCUGUGCUUCCAGUUUAUUCGGUCCUCAGCCCUUUGCAAAUUAUGUGGUGGCAGCAGAUGUAUGCAAGACAGUACUACAUACAGUAUCAAGCAGUGGCCUCCAGCCAAGCUACACUUGGUAAUGCCUCCGCACAGCCAGCUGCAACUGCCAUGAUAAACUCCGAUCGUCCCCCUCCAAACCCUCCAAGAGCAGCUCCAAACAUUGUACCUGAGGCGAAUCAGAACGUUCAAAUGAAUGCUCAAGGUGGUCCUGUAAUGAAUGAAGAAGACAUUAACCGUGAUUGGCUUGACUGGAUGUACACCGUGUCCCGGGCAGCUAUUCUCCUCAGCAUAGUGUACUUCUAUUCUUCCUUCAGUCGCUUUGUCAUGGUGAUGGGAGCUAUGAUUCUUGUGUACAUGCACCAGGCUGGAUGGUUUCCUUUCAGGCAAGAGGAAGGCCAGGCACGAGCUCAGGAGGAUGCACCAGAUGUGAACCGAGAUAGAGUAAACAACAAUGAUCUCCUUGAAAUGGAGCGUCAUAUGGAUGAAGGCAUUAAUGAAAAUAGAGCUGGUGAGAGGGGGCAAGAGGCACCAGUAGUUCCACACCCCGGACUUGUGGCAUCAGCUUGGUCAUUCAUCACCACGCUCUUUACAUCACUGAUACCCGAAGGUCCCCCGCAAGUUGUUAACUAGAUCUCAGACUACAGUAAUUGCCAUCUGAAUGUAAAUGCAGGAAAGGCGAUGACUUGGAACAAAAAAAAAAAGAAAUAUUGUGCAUCCUCAAUCAAUUUUAGUUUCGAUUUUGUUAUAAAUAUUUUACAUUGUUACGAAUAUUUAAGCACAAAAAUAUUUUUAUUCUUUAUUUUGGUUAUAAUCUAUUUUAUCUUUUUACGAGAGAUAAAAUGUAGAUGUCUUCCAUAAUUUCCUUUAUUUUCUUUUGAAUGAUCAAAAGUUAAAAUUUAGUUGCUAUACUUAAUAAUUAAAUUAUUAGUGGUGGUAUUACUUCAACUACAGUAACUUUUAAAAUGUACAGGUUGUUAAAGCAACCCAUAAGGGAUUAUUCUGUAACACUUGGGGCUAAAUGUAUAGCCACCAAGAAGCCGGAGGUGCGGGGCUUUGUACGAGAACGCCCGUAUUUUUAAAGCGCCAAUCAUUUAUAAGGCAAAACCAACCUGGUUUACAUUUAGCCCCUGAUGUUAGGUACAUGACAUGAUGCUAAUAAGCAUUGAAAGUACUUUAUUGUAUUGUUUCCUCCCCUCCAGUCUCUGUGGCCUUUUCUGCCUCUAUUAAUUACCGUAUGUUUUAUUUGCAGCAAAGUAUAAGAACUUUGGAACAAGGCCUGGUGAAUUAGCAGUGCAUUGCUAGCUUCUAAUGACCAGUAAUCCUCCGGACAAUUUCAUCUGUGCAAGAUGAUUGAAAGUGGAGAGGAUCUUUAUUUAGUUCAAUGAUAUACAGUUAAAGAUACCAUAGUUUAAAUGCUAAUAAACACCAAAUAUGGGGUAAAUGCAGAGCCGGCCCUAACCAAUAAGAUGCCCUAGGCAAGAUUUUGGCUUGUGCCCCCUUGCACCGCUGCUAGUUCCACCUCUGACCCUGCACCUCUUUCCCAGUACCAUCUCCCCUCACCAAUAGCAGUCCUCAUUUUGGUGCUCCUAUCCCCUAUAUUUUAAAUAGGAACAGUGCGCACAUUCAGUGCGCAGCCCAAAAAUGGGCGUGUUCUUGUUGGGAAGGGGCAUGGCCAUACAAUAGUACCCCCAAUUCAAAUUAUGCCUCACAGUAUUGCCACUUUAUUCACAUUGUAUCAUGCGAUAGUGUCCCUUAUUCACGUUACAUCACACAGUAGUACCACUUUACCUUAUAUACGUUACUCCUCACAGUAGUGCCUCUUAUUCACAUUACAUUACACUGAAUUGCCCCUUAUUCACAUUACACCACAUCAUAUUGCUCUUUAUUCACAUUAGACCACACAGUAGUGCCUUUUCUAUACGUUAUGCCACACAGUAGAGCACCUUACACACGUAAUGCCUUUAUGAACAUAAUACCACACAGUAAUGCCCCUUACACAUUAUUCCAACCUUUAUUAAUGCCCUUAUACACAUAAUGUCCCUUACACAUACGCCACACAUUAUUAAUGCUGUUACACACAUAAUGACACACACAAUGUUCCUUACACAUAUGCCGCACAUUAUUAAUGCAUUAAUACACAUAUGAAUCAGCUGGCAGCUCCCGGCCAACACUGCUAAUGUUGGGCGCCUUUUUUUGAUGAAAAUGCAUCUUAUUUUCAUUGCUAUGUGACUAGGAUGCACAAGCAGCUUCUGCUAAUUAAAAUGAUAUGCGGCAUUUCUAUAUUCUGUGUGAAUGUGGCUGUAUCUGCAUACAGAAUGCUACGUUACAGUGAUUUCCAGGAAUAUACUGUAACGUAGCAUUUCGUAUUCAGAUACAGCCGCAGUUAAACACAGAAUAUAGGCCCGCUUCAUAUUUUAAUCAGCAUAAGCUGCUUGUGCCCCAUGACAUUCCAAAUGCCAUAGGCAUUUGCCUAGUUUGCCUAUGCCUAGGGCCGGCUCUGGGUCAAUGUAAGAGCCUGCAAGGCUGGUUUUGCUAUUUCAUUUUUUUGCAGUUUUAAAUUUUGCAGCUCUGAUGCCGAAAUCUUGUGGCGGCCAGCAGUUUGCAGGCUAUUACCUUCACUCCCAUGUGCGGUCUGCCGCAUCUCAACAUAAAUUUACAGUAUUAAUUUAAAGUACAUGUAAAGGCUUUCUUUUUCUUUACCAAGAUUGUUUUGUGUACUAUUUCCAAUACCGCAGGAAGUCUUUUCCUAACAGCCAGUACAGUAGUUAAAAGUCCAUCUUAACAUUAACCCUUGUCAGUCAUUGUGAUAUGAUAGGGGCAUCUAAAUGAUCUUACAUUUGAUUGAUCUUCCUCUAAACAUGUAGGCCGCAAAGUCUUUGCUAGAAUGCUACUGGAACUUAUUAGUAACAUCAUAAAGUAACAGUAUCAGAAAAUAAAAUUCUGUGAUUGCAGAAGCAUCUGAAUUCAUAAAUAUAUGGCAUUUACAAAGCAAAUGUGUAUAAGGAAAUUAAUGGUAUUCUUUCAAAGAUACAAACUAGGUGUUCAGUGCUUCUCAAUUGCUAUGGCUUUUUGCUAGCCAUCCAUAUGCUUGAGAAUAAGUACCAAAGUAUAAUGCAAUAUUGGAGUAUUCUAAACAGAAAUGGUAUCAAACAUCAGUAUUUUUAUUUUCUUCAAGAUCCAGUUUUAUAAAAUACAACUGUGUAUCUUACUGUGGAGGAAAGCCUUCUAACUUUAUUUUUUACAGUUUACGGAUUGUCUACACACAGGUAUCCAUUCUUCAGUUUAUCCAUGUUUGUGGGGUUACUGACAUUAUGGUGGCACAUUAGACAAUAGGUAGAUUUUUAAAGCACUUUGGUUUUUUUUUUUGUGUGUGUUGCCUUUUUUAAGGAUGGUUUAUGGAGUAUAAAUGGAAGGACAUAAGUUGUGCUAGUGCAACAGUGGUUUUUAAAGAUCCUAAAUCUAGCUUCAUUAUUAGGGAGGCCAAUCCCAGGCUCUUUUUUUCAAUCCCUGGUAUCGGGAUUGAAAAGUGGUCAAUCCCGGGAUUAGGUUGAAGACUUUAAAAUUAAAAUCUUCAGUGAUUUCCCCCCUCUCCCGGUCCCGCCCAGCCCACACAAAUACUCACAUCCUAGACAGGAGGGUAGGAGGGCUCACUGGCUGAAGGCUGCGGACGGCGAUGUGUGACACCGGUGGCUGGCGUCAGACUGCGCAGCGUGACCUCUGACAUGUCACGCUGCUCAGUACGCACAGCCGAGGGGUAGGGGGAGCCGGGCAGUGUCUGAGCCUGCUGAAGAGGUUCAACGCUGCCCGGCACUGAAAAAAACCAGUGGACUGGCUAAUCCCAAAAUCCCCGGGAAUAGAAAUUGCAAUCCCGGGAUUGAAUCCCGGUCAAUUUUUGGCCUAAAUCUCAGGAUCCCGCCUAUCCCGGGAUUGACCACCAUAUUCAUUAUUUUGCACUGUUACAUUGUGACCACUCAACAAGAAAAAGCAACUGUAAUGUGGUGGGGUGGGGGGGAGGAAGAAUAAAUGCAUCUUUUGCUGGACCUUAUUUAAAACUGGAUUUUUCAAGCUCAUUUGCUUAAAAAGUUCUAAAAAAAAGAAAUACUUUAUUUUUGUGUCCAGUUCCACCUACAUUGCAUAAUGUUGCAGUUCCUACUGAGCUCUGUUGUACACCCCCCUGAUAUCUGCGAUGUCACAUCACAGAGCUUGGAGAAUUUUAAAUCCGUAGAACAUCAAACUAUGUUGUGUGGCCUUCCUUAUGACCCAUCGAAAGGAAUAAGCUAAUAUAUGGUGUUGUCUACCCUUAAUAAAAUAAUAACUUACCCACAUACCAGUAUGAUAAGCACUUGUGCAUGUAACAUGAAAAACCUUUAAAAAGGGUACCAGAAUAAACCACAUCAUAUAUCUGCCAUUAUUUGCAAUUGUUUUCUAUAUGUUGAUAUAUAAUGUAAAAGCCGUACAAAUGUACAAUCCUGUCAUUUUGCACAAACAAUUGUUUUGUUUUUCAACAAAGUAUUUAAACUAAAUUAUUCCCAGAUAGUCUGCUGUAUGGAUAUGUAUAAGUUAAAAUGUAUUUUAUUUUGGGAAUAUUUUACUGGUUUUUGUGUAUGUUUCCAUGACAUUUAGCAUAUGCCCACAUGCUAGAAAUUCAUGCAAAGUACCGGAAUACAGAUCAGUUCAAGACAAAGCUUUUUCUUAGAUUUGCAUUUCAUCAGGGACAGAGCACUUUUUUUUUUUUUUUUUUUUAAUGAAAGUGGCCAGAGAGAGAAUGACCUGUAGCCAAUCAGAAUACAGUAGCAAAGAGUUUGUUGAGAUGUGUGCUAUUUUUGUGAAAGGUAAAACCUCUCCACUGUUGUGAUGUACAGCUAAUUAGUUCAGUGCUACAUAUUAUGAACAAGUCGGAGUCAUGGUGAGGAAUGGUGACCAGUGAAAAGCCACAGAAUGUGAGCCAGAUGGUGGAAAGAGCAAGUUCCUUCAGCUGCCCAGCACAGUGAUGAGGGGUCCUGUCAGACUGAUACAGGAAGGAGGAUGAAGUCGUAUUUUGCUGUGAUACAUUAACGGAUUACACAGCCAUAACCAAGUUGAAAUAUAUUAAAGGGCUGAAAUAAUACUCUUUAUAGCAAACUUUUACUUUGUCAUUGAUUUUGUUUUCACAUUCCUUUUAAUAGAUUCUUUUAUACUACAUGCAUUAUCAUUUCAGGAAUUCUGUUUGUUACAUUAGUCUCCUGCCGUUUUUAGAUCAUUAUAGGAUGCAGUGUAGUAAACAGUGAAGCAAAGUACAUUUUGGACACUUUAUGCAGUGGCGUCUUUAAAUCCUCCAAUAACAAUUGGCAGUUUGUACAAAACAACUUCUCACAUCUUUGUGAAACUACAAUAUUACAGUAGCCAGUUGUAUUUUCUAAAGGAAUGGAAAUGUUCCCGCAUUUGCAUUUUGCAAGAAAUUAAUCCUCUCAAAUAGUUUAAAUGGUAUGUACAGUUUAUUUGUUUAUUCCUGUUCUCUUAUCCAUUUAUUCCAGGCCUCCAAAAUAUCAUUAUCUGCAAUGGUAUGAUUCUCUCAUUUUAUAUUGCACAAUAUUAUUGCUUUGUAAUGCUUUACAAUGAAACCGUUCUACUGUACAUAAACACAAGGUAGAUUUCAUAUGAAAAUAUAUACUUACCUACUGUAUCUGGUUAAAUCACGGCAAAACUUACACUACUAUUCUGUGUAUUUUCUACAAAACACAUUGCUUCUAAAUGCAAUGUAUUGGAGAAUAUCCCAUGUAAAUCUCUGUGUAAUAUGCCACAUUAAUGUACAGCACUGGGCUUGUUAAGCUGAGGUGACUUUUUUCUAGAGUGUGAGCUAUUAACUGUAACGGGAGAAUUUAACUUCUCAGAAGUGUUUUUUUUUUGUUUAUUUUGUAACACUUCAGUAUGUGUAAAACAAACAAUUCCAUACGUAUCUUAUGCACACAAAUAUGUUUUAUGUAAAUUGAAAACAUGUAAGAAAUGAAAAUCUGUAAUUAUGCUGUUUUAUAAUGAAAAUAAAUCUGUUCUCAAAAACU